AUGUUGAUCCAGCGCCAGACCGAACGACCGCCAUACGCCGAUGUUUCGGUUCUGUUGCUGAGCUGGCACGAGGACAAGACGGUAGACGACGACCUUGCAGCGCUCGAAACCGUCCUUCAGAAGCAGUAUAACUUUGGGACCCAGCGAUGGCAAAUUCCCACGGUCCCCAACCCCAGCAUCAAGCUCGGCGUCCAGAUGGCUUCUUUUCUCGAGCAGGCGAGACCAGACCACCUCUUGAUAAUUUACUACGCCGGUCACGGCUACGUUGGCUCGGACAAUCAGCUUUACUGGGCUUGCAAAGCUGGGGAAGAUGCGGCCAAGCUCAAGUGGGAUGGUGUUCGUUGUUUGUUCGAGGAUGCCCAGUCGGAUAUCCUCUUGCUGCUGGAUACCUGUGCGGUCCCGGAUCCGCCCACGGCGGGCAGCCACGGCGUCAAGCAGGUCAUCGCCGCCUGUGCCCCAGAGCGCAACCAUCGGGACGAUUCGGCUCGCUCGUUCACAGCUAGUCUCACCGAAGCUCUUCACAAGCUCAACACCGGCAGGCCCUUCAGCGCCCAGAGGCUGUAUGAAGAGGUUCUUGCAGCCAGGCAGCACGCGGCCACACAAGCUCUCCGCGUACCCAACGGGUCGUCCGCACCUCCUCCAGCAGCCCAGUCGCCAGUAUUCUUCACGCUCACGCCCGGCAAGGGCCAGAACUUGACCCUGGCACCGCUUCAGCCACGACCGCAAGGAAUGUCACAUAACGGCGGCGACGGCAGUGCCAAUGGACGCCCAUCGCAAGGGAGGGAGGAUCAACUUAUCGACCCCGACUCCGUGGCCGACCUGCGGUUCGACGAGGCCCGCAUCCUGGUCUGCACCACCUUUGUCGGAGAUGCGAGCCCCGACAUGUCCUUCUUCAACCAAUGGCUCCAGAACACGCCUCCUCUGGGCUUCAAGAUUGCCGUCGAAGGCAUGUUCCUGGGUCCUCCAACCAUGCUCCUGAUAUCUAUGCCUCACUCCAUCUGGAAUGUUGUACAGCAUGACAAGGUUUGCUGCUUCCUGGGCUACAUCAGCUCCCAUAACAUGAUUCAUCUGUAUGAGAAGCUGGUGGGCCCGGCGGGCGUGAGACCAUCUGCCAAGGAGGUCGAGGAUGGCCGCAUAUUAUUGGAGGCUCGAGAGUUGGCCGCGGGAACACCAGCCAGGUCGUGGAGAGAUUCCGACGGUCACGAUCACCCCUACCACUCAUCCGCGUCGCGCGACCGCUCCCUGCAUGACAGCCGGCCGGACUUGGCGCCCCAAGGCAGUCCAUCGAGGGGCUCGUACGCUCCUGGCGGGCCCGGUAAGCCCAAGGACGAGGUUGAGGAUUCUGCCGAGAUGCAGGAAGCUGCCGAGCAGCUCAAGGCUCUCAGCCAUGUCCGCCACCGGAGCGACGAGACGCUGGCCGGGGCCAGCCAGCGGCCACGGACCAGCCUUCCCGAGGGUGUUCCGAACGCGGGCCUCGACGGCAUGCAGCAGACCCACGAGGCGGCUUUGGCGGACAUGGAGAACGCUACGGCGGCUUCUGAACUCAAGUUGACGCCCACGUCUCGCUCCAAAGCCAUCCGUCGCUCCGUCAUGAAGCCAGAGACGCGAUGCAACCACUGCAGCCACGCGCCCUUCAAGGACUCAUCCUCGCUGCGCAAGCACAUCGCUGCCGCCCACACGCGCCCAUUCCCUUGCGCAUUCUCGUUUGCCGGCUGCACCAGCACUUUUGGUUCCAAAAACGAGUGGAAGCGCCAUAUUGCGUCGCAGCAUCUCUGCCUGCAGUUUUAUCGCUGCUCCCAAUGCCCACAGAGCGCCGUUGAGGGAAAGGGCAACGAGUUUAACCGCAAGGACUUGUUCACACAGCAUCUCCGACGCAUGCACGCCCCGUUCCAGGUCAAGCGAGCCAUGUCUAAAGGGGAGACUAAGCUCUUGGCUGAAUGGGAGGAGCACGUCAAGAGCAUGCAUCAGACGUGCCUCGUCACCCGCCGGCAGCCGCCACAGAAAUCCGCUUGCCCGAAGCCCGGCUGUCACUAUGCGUUUGACGGGCCAGGAUCUUGGGACGAGUGGACCGAGCACGUCGGACGGCACAUGGAGAAGGGCGAGGCUCAAAACCUUGGCGUUGACCCAUUGCUGGCACAGUGGGCCCUCGACGAGGGCAUCAUCAAACCCAAGGGCAACGGGGAGUACCGACUCAGUGCCAACAAUGGCUUGACCGGCAGCUCUCAGGGCAACGGGUCAGCCAUGCUUGACCGGAACGACUCGUCGCUCAUGUCGCUUGCCGAUACAUCACAGCUCGACUCAUCGCAGAUGGAGGACACAUCCAUGGUGGAUGCGCGGCCUCCAGACGACGACGCUGGUGAGGGGCAGUCAUCGAUGGCGUGA